AGAAGUGCGCAAACGUCAAUUAUCUCUGCUUUCAUUUCCAAACACGCCGCUAACUGGAGCUUGUGUUUGGAAAAGUGUUCGGUAAAAUAUUAGUAAUUACAUCAAUUUUUAGUGUAUAAAUAGUGCAAAUAAUUAAAUAAAAUGACCACCCAACCUCACAGCAGGAAGAGAGUUUGUUACUAUUACGACAGCGAUAUCGGUAACUACUAUUAUGGGCAGGGACACCCCAUGAAACCGCACCGCAUACGUAUGACACAUAAUUUGUUGUUAAAUUAUGGGCUCUACAGGAAAAUGGAGAUUUAUCGUCCGCACAAGGCUACCGCCGAGGAGAUGACGAAAUUCCACUCGGACGACUACAUCCGAUUCUUGCGGUCCAUCAGACCCGACAACAUGUCCGAAUACAACAAGCAAAUGCAACGCUUCAACGUCGGCGAAGACUGCCCCGUGUUCGACGGCCUCUACGAGUUCUGCCAGCUGUCCGCCGGCGGUUCAGUGGCGGCGGCUGUCAAAUUAAACAAGCAGGCGUCGGAGAUCUGCAUCAACUGGGGCGGCGGGUUGCACCACGCGAAAAAAUCCGAAGCGUCGGGCUUCUGCUACGUCAACGACAUCGUCUUGGGCAUUCUGGAGUUGUUGAAGUACCACCAGAGGGUGCUGUACAUCGAUAUUGAUGUGCAUCACGGUGACGGGGUGGAGGAGGCCUUCUACACUACCGACAGGGUUAUGACGGUGUCGUUCCACAAGUACGGCGAGUAUUUCCCGGGUACGGGGGAUUUAAGGGACAUAGGCGCCGGUAAGGGUAAAUACUACGCCGUGAACAUACCGCUGAGGGACGGUAUGGACGACGAGGCGUACGAGAGCAUCUUCGUGCCGAUAAUCAGCAAGGUGAUGGAGACUUUCCAGCCCAGCGCCGUGGUUCUGCAAUGCGGGGCGGAUUCCCUCACGGGGGACCGUCUGGGGUGCUUCAACCUCACGGUAAGAGGGCACGGGAAGUGCGUCGAGUUCGUGAAAAAGUACAACCUGCCGUUCAUGAUGGUGGGCGGGGGCGGGUACACGAUCCGCAACGUGUCGCGCGCGUGGACUUACGAAACUUCAGUGGCUCUAGGGGUCGAGAUCGCGAACGAGUUGCCCUACAACGACUACUUCGAGUACUUCUCGCCCGACUUCAAGCUGCACAUCAGCCCCAGCAAUAUGGCCAAUCAGAACACUCCCGAGUACUUGGAGAAGAUCAAGACGAGGUUGUUCGAGAACCUCAGGAUGUUGCCGCACGCCCCCGGCGUCCAAGUCACCGCGAUCCCCGAAGAUGCCAUGAACGAUGACUCCGAUAACGAAGACAAGGUUGACAAAGACGAACGCCUUCCACAAAAAGACCUCGACAAGCGGAUAGUGCCCGAAAACGAAUUCUCGGACAGCGAGGACGAGGGCGAGGGCGGUCGCAGGGACCAAAGAAGCUACAAAGGCAGAAAGCGACCUCGAUUAGAUAAAGGAGAAAACAAAGAGACCGAUGAUAAGAUCAAGGACGAAGUCAAAUCCGAAAAAGGAGAUGACGAAAAAUCCGUCUCGGACGAUACCAAAAAAGAGUCGGGACCAACCCCAUGACAAAAUCUCGGCGGUUCUUACAAACAUAAGUGAAAUUUGAGUAAAAUCAAAUUAAUUUAAAAACUAAUUUUUGAAAAAGACUUUUUUUAUAUUCAAUAAAAGUAUGGUCUCCCAAUUCCUCGAGGCGUGCAUUUAACCUGUGAUUUGUUUGACUGGAAGGAUGUAAAAUUGAGUGUGUCCUAUUUUGUGUAAUUUUCUGUCUGUAUCAUGCAGUAUUGUAGCAAGUCCAAUAUAAUAUUCUUUUUAGGAAUAUUGUUUAUUAUUUAAUAAAAAACGUAAUAUUUAUAUAA